CUGCUAUCAAAAUCUCUCCUUUCGGUAAGAUCUUGCAGCUUGCUGAACAUCCGAAGUGUGAUAACUUUUUCCUGAACGUUUCCUGGCAGGCUUCGUUGGUUCGUUGUCGCCGAUGAGGACUAUGAGGCAGAUGGUGGACGCCAUGGACAGAGUGUUCGAGGACACGUUUGCUUUCCCUGGGACAUCGACGGGGGAUAUCAGGACGCCAUGGGAUGUUAAGGAAGAUGAGGCGGGGUUGAAGAUGAGAUUCGACAUGCCGGGGUUGUCGAAGGAGGAGGUGAAGGUGUUUGUAGAGGAUGACGUGCUGGUUAUCAGAAGCGAGCAAAGAGAAGAGAACGGUGAGAGUAAGGAAGGGGGAGAAGGAUGGAGGAGAAGCGGCUCUAGAGUCUACGAAAUGCGGGUGGCUCUGCCGGAGGAAUGCGUGAAGGAGAAAGUGAAGGCGGAGUUCAAGAACGGGGUGUUGAUCGUCGAUGUUCCGAAAAUUAAUGUGGAGCGCAAGGUUACUGAGGUUGAGGUUCAGUGAGCUCUGCAACUGGUGGGUUGCUGGUGCUAGAUUUUAUGUUGGCUAACUUUGUUAAGUAAAAAUAACGCAUCGCCAUGCUUUGUGGAGCGCAGGCUAUUUUUUUUCCCUUUCAAGUGCCUUGGAGUGUUUGAGUAGAACGUGAAAAAGUUUUGAUUUGUAACUUCUUGAUUUUCGAUUCGCUAUUGUUAAAAAAAAAAAUGUGUAGUGAUUUUGGCAAUAUUCUGUACUGUUUUAAUAAUAUAUUACGUUAGUUAAAAUAA